AUGCGCGUUGAAGUCACGGCACAGCAGCAAUUCAGCAAUCCGGUGACCGCCCUACAGAGCGCCAUCGAGGAUUGCCUACCAUCGGAUGCGGGGAUGAUGCGAAAGAUCUACGGGAAAGACGUAGAUCCUGGGUCCGGAUGCCGGCAGAAGAUGGAGUAUAUGCGAUGCGAGGAGCUCACGACGGAGCUGGCGUCGGAAGCGUUGGACCAGUAUGGCGGCAAGUCGGGCGACUCGCAGCAGGCGCUCGGCGCAGCGUGGCAGAUUUUCGGCUCGAACCAGAUGCGCCAGUCCGAGGGUCGCUUGGUGAAGCAGAAGCCCCGCAAGCAGAAGCCGUUCCAGAAGGAGGCCCGGCCGCAGCUGCCCCCGGGCAAGAUCAUGAUGGCGCCGCCGAGACGGCGCACCUCCAACCAGGUGACGCAGUACCCGAAGAACGGCACGUUCGCGAGCGGCCGGAGUGCCGUCCUGCCACCCCAUCCGGGCAGCGUGUACGGCUCCAUGACCCAAUACGACUCGGUGUAUGGCAUAAGGGGGAUGGACCGGCGCGAGAACGAUGAAUUCCGGCCGUUCGAGCGGUAUGGGCCGAGCCCACCCAUCGGCCACUUCCAUCCGAUGCAUUCGGAGGUCGACAUCUUCCGGUCGGGCGAGGAGCUGCUGGAGUCGGGUGUGGGCGGCGGAGGGAGCUCCAACAGCCACGACCCGCUGGCGACCCCGGAGGCAUGCGACCUGAAGUGCGAACCGCGCGAGUUCAAGUGCGACAAAACCUGCGCCUGCAUCCACAUGGACCUGCACUGCGACGGCCAGGCGGACUGCGUGCUGACCGAGGACGAGCAGAACUGCGAGAUCGUGCACCAGCGGUUGGCCCAGCAGAUCAAGGACAACUGCGAAACGAGCGGCACGCACGUCAUCUGUGCCACCACGCACACCUGCAUCUCGCGCGACUGGCUCUGCGACGGCGACGACGACUGCGGCGACUACACCGACGAGACGCACUGCGGCUCGCGGCUCGACUGCACCGAGGGCAAGUUCGAGUGUCAGAAUGGCAUGUGCAUUCCGCACGACUGGGUCUGCGAUGGUGACAACGACUGCAACGACCUGUCCGACGAGAGGAACUGCACCAAACAAUGCACACGCGACGAGUUCCGGUGCAAGGACGGCUCGUGCAUCUCGGCCUCGUUCCAGUGCGACGGCGAGACGGACUGCAUCGACGAGUCGGACGAGGCGAACUGCGACCGGCCGAUGCAGAGCUGCCCGGAGGGCGAGUUCAAGUGCAAGGGCGCCCUCGGCGGCAUGGGCGGACCGGGGGGACGGUGCGUGCUGAUGCGCUUCCGGUGCGACGGUGACAACGACUGCGGCGACUGGAGCGACGAGGAGAACUGCCCCAAGAAGCAGGUCGACUGCAUGAUCAACGAGUUCAAGUGCGAUGAUGGCGACUGCAUACCGCUCCAGUGGCGCUGCGACGACAAGCAGGACUGCAACAACGGCGAGGACGAGAAGAACUGCCCGGUGGAUCGGAUCGCGGGCCGGACCUGCUCGCCGGACGAGUACACCUGCAAGGACGGGCGCUGCAUACUGCGUUCGUGGGUGUGUGACGGGUCGGCGGACUGUAGGCGCGGCGAGGACGAACAGGACUGCGACAUCAAGUGCGAGCUGAACCAGUUCCUCUGCCCAUCCGGAAGCAGGAACAGCUCACGUGACUCGGUCUGCAUCAAUCAGAAGCACGUCUGCGACGGUCACAGUGACUGCGCCAAUGGCGAGGACGAACAACGGUGUCCGAUAGUGCACCCGUGCGGAGCACACUCGCGCUGCGAGCAGCUGUGCGUGACGGCGUACAGCGGGCGGGAGGAGUGCAUGUGCCGGCCGGGCUACCUGCUGCACGGCAACAGCGUCAACUGCACCGACAUCGACGAGUGCAGCAUCGUAAACAAUCCGGUCUGCUCGCAGGAGUGCACGAACGUGGCCGGCAGCUUCCGGUGCUCGUGCAAAGCGGGCUACAUCCUGCGGCCGGACCAGCGCACCUGCAAGGCGGUCGGCGGCUCGGUGAAGCUGAUUAUGGCGAACCGGGCCGACAUCCGGCAGGUGUCGCUGGCGAACAACCAGUACACCUCGAUCGCCAAGGGUCUGCCGAACGCGAUCGCCCUGGACUACCACUACCGCAAGGAUCUGCUGUUCUGGACGGACGUCUCCAUCGACGUUAUCAAGCGGUCGCACCUGAACGGCAGCGGUGUGCGGGACGUCAUCAAGUGGGGCCUCGAGUCGCCAGGCGGGCUAGCGGUCGACUGGAUCCACGACCUGCUGUUCUGGACCGACUCGGGGACGCGGCGCGUCGAGGUGAGCACGUUCGAUGGGCAGAUGCGCGCGGUGAUAGCGGCGAACGACCUGGACAAGCCGCGCGCCAUAGCCGUCCACCCGGGCAAGGCGUGCGUCUUCUGGACGGACUGGGGCACCACGCCGAAGAUCGAGAAAGCGUUCAUGGACGGCUCGGAGCGGCAGGCCAUCAUCUCGGAGGCCAUCUUCUGGCCGAACGGGCUCACGAUCGACUACACCAGCAAUCGGAUCUACUGGGCGGACGCGAAGCACGUCAUCGAGAGCGCCAACUUUGAUGGGCGCGGCCGGCGCAAGAUCCUCAGCAACAACCUGCCGCACCCGUUCGCGCUGGCCCUGUUCGAGGACGCGAUGUACUGGACGGACUGGCACACCAAGACCAUCUCGACCGCGCACAAGAUCAACGGGCGGGGCUUCCGCGUCGUGCACGAGGGUCUGCACUUCCCGAUGGGCAUCCAGAGCUACCACCCGUCCCGUCAGCCAGACUAUCCGAAUCGGUGCGCGGUGGACAAGGCGGGUCGGUGGGGUGGCUGCUCGCACCUCUGCCUGCCCAAUCGCAUCAGCCGUCGGUGCGCCUGCCCCAUCGGGCUGUCGCUGAAGGCGGACCAGAAGACGUGCUCGACCGUGCCGGACAAGCUGCUGCUGAUCGCGCGCAAGAAGGAUGUGCGCGUCCGUCAGCUGGAUAGCCCGAACCCGGUCGAUAUGGUGCUGCCGCUCGAUGGCAUCAAGUCGACGGUGGCGGUCGACUGGUGCGCCCGCACGAACGUCAUCUACUGGACGGACGUGGGCAAGAGCAUGAUCAGCCGGGCGUUCAUCAAUGGCAGCCAGCAGGAGGCGAUUGUGAAGUCCAACCUGAUGUCACCCGCCGGACUGGCACUCGACUGGGUGACGGACAAGAUCUACUGGACCGAUCCGGGCACGAACCGCAUCGAGGCGGCCACCACCGAUGGGCGACAGCGCGCGCUGCUCGUAUGGGAGCGGCUGGACAAACCGCGCGACAUCGUCGUACACCCGGACGAGGGCUACAUGUUCUGGUCGGACUGGGGCUCGAACCCGCUGAUCGAGCGCGCUGGCAUGGAUGGUAGCGGCCGCUACACACUGGUGUCCGAGAACCUGCAGUGGCCCAACGGGUUGGCGCUGGACGUCGACAAGCACCGGCUGUACUUCCUCGACGGCGGUACGAAGCUCCUGGAGUACGUCAACUACGACGGGACUGGGCGCAAUCGGCUGAUCAACGAGGGUCUGAAGCAUCCGUUCGGGCUGGACGUGUACGAGAAGCGCGUCUACUGGACCGACUGGGACACGCACAGCAUCCAGGUGGCCAACAUGUACACCGGGCACGACCGGCGCACCAUACUGGCCAACAACACCGACCUGAUGGACAUUCGCGUGUUCCACCGCAAUCGCCGCGAGUCCCGCAACCCGUGUGCGUUCAAGAACGGCGGCUGCUCGUACAUCUGUCUGCUCAACCCGACCAGCUACAGCUGCGCCUGCCCGAUCGGUAUUCAGCUCAAGGACAAUGGCAAAACGUGCAAGAGCGGACCCUCGAACUAUCUGGUGUUCGCGCACCGUACCGAGGUGCGGCAGGUGUCGCUGGACAGUGACUAUCAGAUCGACGUGGUACUGCCACUGCCACCGAUAUCCAACGUCGUCACGCUCGACGUGGACCGGCGUACCGGCGAGAUCUACUGGGCCGAUACGACCGAGGACGUUAUCAUGCGGUCAACGCCCGAUGGUAUGCGCAUCAAGCAGAUAUACAGCGAGAGCAUGACCAGCGUCGACGGUCUGGUGGUCGACUCCAUUGGGCGCAAGCUCUACUGGACCGACGCUGGGCGGAAGGUGCUGGAGGUGAGCGACUUGGAGGAGGGUAUACGCAGCGCACUGAUAUGGCGGGACCUGGAGCAGCCCCGAGGCAUCGCACUCGACUACGAGUCGGGGUAUCUGUUCUGGUCGGACUGGGGCGCUAGUCCGCGCAUAGAGCGCGCCGACAUGGACGGCGAGAACCGUAUCAAUCUGAUCACCGAGAGCCUCGGCUGGCCGAACGGGCUCGCCGUCGAUCGGCACGAGAAGCGCAUCUACUGGGCGGACGCGCAAAUGAAGACGAUCGAGUCGUGCGGUCUGAACGGGAGCGGGCGCAAGAAGCUGGUGGAGAACCUGCCCCACCCGUACGCGCUGGCAAUCACCGCCCGCACCAUCUACUGGACGGAUUGGGUGACGAAGGCGCUCCACUCGAUGCCGAAGGGCAGCCCGACCCAGAUACGCAACGUGACGCACGGGCUCGAGGGUCUGAUGGACGUGAAGGUGGUUCAGGAGGACGAGGAUCUACACCUGGAGAACGCGUGUGCCAAGGGUAACGGAGGUUGCUCGCAUCUCUGCCUGCGCAAUCCAACCGGCUUCUCGUGCAAGUGCCCGACCGGGUUGACGAUGCGUGACGGAAGCGAAACCGAUUGCAAGACUCUGCCGGACGAGUACCUGCUGAUAGCGCUUCGAUCGGGUAUUGGGCGGAUCUCGCUGGAUACACCGGACCUGUUUGACGUGGUACUGCCGAUCGAGGGUGUGCAUGGGGCGGUCGUGCUGGACUACCACUUCGACAGCAUGUACGUGUUCUACGCCGACGUGAAUGUCGACGCGAUCCGGCGCGUCAACAUGCACAACUACUCCGACACGCAGGUGAUCGUGUCGAGCGGUCUGAACACGCCGAACGGGAUCGCCGUCGACUGGCUCGCGGACAACCUGUACUGGACCGACACGGCGCUGAAGAAGAUCGAGGUUGCCCGGCUGGACGGUUCGUGCCGGAAGGCGAUCCUCACCGACGGCCUGGACGAUCCGCGCUCCAUCAUCCUGUACCCGAAGCGCGGCUUCGUGUUCUGGGCCGACUGGGGCCAGACGCCGAAGAUCGAGCGGGCGUACAUGGACGGCUCCGAGCGGCGCAGCAUCAUCGACUUCGAGCUCGGCUUCCCCACCGGGCUGGCCAUCGACUUCGACACGAAGAAGCUCUACUGGGCGGACGCGCUGCAGGACCGGAUCGAGAUGUGCGACUUCGAUGGUCGGCGGCGCAUGCAAGUGAUUGGGCACGCGACCCAUCCGUUCGGCUUCACGCUCACCGGCACGCACCUCUACUGGACCGACUGGUACAACAAGUCGGUACUGCGGGCGCUGAAGCACAGUGUGCCCAACGUCGAGGUGGCUCGGUUUGGGCUGCGCGGUGCGCUGGAGAUCCGGGCCGUGUCCGGUCAGCGUCAGCCGCACGAUUGGAACCCGUGCCGGCGCGACAACGGUGGCUGCAGCCAUCUGUGUCUGUACGCCGAGACGCGCUACGUCUGCGGCUGCCCGGACGUGUCCGACGGCAGCUAUUGCACUCUAGAGCCAACCAUCGUCGUGCCGAUGAAGCCGAACGACGAGAUGCUGCAGGCGACCGAAGAGAAGCCGACCCGCUCGAACGGCUCGACCGUGCUGAGCAACAGCAAGAUGCACGCGCAGCUGGUGAUCAUUGCCACCGCCAUCUUGGCCGGCCUGCUGAUCAUCGUCAUCAUUGCCAUCCUAGUGUUGAUUGUCAACUCGAAACGGAAGCAAACUAAAAAGAGCUCGCGCAAUGCCAGCGAUGUGCUGACCUUUACCAACCCCAACUACAACGGCAUCGACGGGCUCUGUCAGACCGGCGACUCCGGAACCUCGCGGAACACCAUCUGGAAGCGGCUCAAGUACGAUCGUGCACAGGAACGAGUGUUUGAAGAGAAGUAUCUGGGUGUGCAGCAUUGCACCAACGGCAGCUAUCUAGCAUCGACCGGCACGUCGCAGCUCACACCGGCCUCGGCAGUGCUGCCCGUGUAA